CCUAUGGAGAGGGAACCAGGCAGAUUGUUCACGGCCAUGCUGCUAGUUACGCGCUGUCGAAAUGGGCAAGUCACCACUGGAGAACACGCUUGGAUGAACUUGAUGAUUUCAUCAGCGCUCCCCUCCUUCGUUCCUUCGCUGCCCCUUCCCUGCCCAUGGAACUUCCAGUACUUACCUUCCCCGACGUUCGACAAUUCGCAGUCGGACAUAGAUAGGACAGCUUCAACAGCCCCAUGGCUGUCACGCACGACACUCUGCACGUAGGCGCAGCGGCCUCGUCUUCGCAAGAGCUUAACGGCAGCCACGGAACAAUAUCUGGAAAUGAAACCGAGGCGGGCAUUGUGGCGGUGGAGCUGGAGCCGCACGAGCGGGCAAGCGGAGCCCCACCAGCUUCCAUGCCGGCACCUAUGCGGAACUUCUAUAUUAUUGCAAGCGGAUACCUGAUAUUCACCUUUACGGACGCUGCGUUGCGGAUGAUUGUACUGUUCGGGCUAUACCAGAGGCGUUAUCAGCCCUUCGAAAUAGCCCUGAUGUUUACCUCUUAUGAGGCACUAGGCGUAGUCACCAAUCUCUUUGGCGGCAUUAUGGGCUCGCGCUGGGGACUGAGACUAUGCAUUCUGGGCGGUUUGGCCUGUCAACUGGUCGGAAUCAGCCUUCUCUUCGCGUUACUCCGAGCCGACGAAGACGGCUGGUCGCGCGGGGCAGUUAUAGGCUACGUCAUAUUCGCCCAAUGCUUUGCGGGCGUAGCUAAGGAUUUGGUCAAAUUGGCUGGCAAAUCCGUCACGAAACUCGUCACGAAGAGCGAAGAUGAAAACACAAGAGCAGCAGCUGCCCAUUCGCCCUUGUUCCGCCUCGUCGCUUGGCUCACAGGGGCUAAGAACUCCAUUAAGGGUCUUGGAUUCUUCGCAGGCGCUGCGCUACUCAACUACGCAGGUGUAUGGCCGUCCUUACUGGUUCUGGCCAUCUUCUGCCUCCUGGUCAUCCCGGGCUGCCUCCGCCUCGAUCACGACCUGGGCCGCUCGAAAACAGCCGGACGCCUAACAUUGCGUAAAAUCUUCGACAAGGGGUACGCAGUCAACAUGCUUUCCUUAGCCCGCAUGUUCCUUUUCGGGAGUAGGGACUUAUGGUUCGAGGUGGUGUUACCUAUCUACCUUCGGGCCAUGUUCAAUUGGAGCUUCACGGCGUCCGGUGCCUUUUUGGCGGUCUGGAUCGUGAUUUAUGGAGCGGUCCAGACGGCGACGCCGGAAUAUAUCCUGAAACCUUUAAAGUGUUAUCCAUUACGCAGAGGCAAACUCCUAGUCCCCUGGACAGCUGCCCUGCUGACCAUAACCAUCGGCCUCGCGUCCUUCCUCACCGCCUUCCGCGACACACCCUACGGCGAAGGCUCCACUGGCAUGCUGAUAGGAUUAGCGGCCUUCUUGAUCGUGUUUGCCUUCUUUUUUGCGGUGAACUCAUCGAUGCAUUCGUAUUUGAUUGUCGCGUAUGCGGGGAAGGAUAAGGUUGCUAUUAAUGUUGGGUUUUAUUACUGCGCAAACGCGAUGGGCCGCCUCGUCGGCACCCUUCUCUCCGGCUGGCUCUUCCAAUACCAAGGCGGGAUCUGGGUCUGUCUCUGGACGUCCUGCGGGUUCCUCAUCGUUUGUGCGGUCGUUAGCGUGUUUCUGCCGGAUACGGAUCAUGCAUUGGCGGGGAAGGUGUGAUGAAAUGACCAUGUUGGUUUUUGGAGGGUACCAAGCGGGCUGCAAAUGGGUUGCACACCGGCCCUUAGAUUGAGGACGUAGACUCUGAUGAACGUUCAGUUUCCUUUUACAUAGAUGGACAAUGAAGAUAUAGAACACGCUGGCGUAGGACACUUUUUUGUGAAGAGAUUAUAUGUUACAUGUGUAUGAUAACAUGUUGCAUAUAGAUGUGGGAUGUAUCGCUUCAACAUCCCCUCAAACCCCAAACCGAAGGCCGGUAGGGCUGGGUGUUACUAACCCUAAUCCUAA